AUGCACUAUGUUAAUAAGCGGAGCGAGUAUUCAUGGAUUCUCGGGUUUACUGCGGCUAUUGAUCUGGUUUAUGCUGUAGUAACUGGGUUUUUAAUGCCGGUAGGUGAAGAAACUUUGUUUACAGGGGGUGGAAGGGCAAGAACUUUCUUUACAAAACGAAAAAUGGCAAAAACUUUCUUUACAAGGCAUAAAAUGGCAAGAACUUUAGUUACAAAUGAAAAAAUGGCAAUAACUUUCUUUACAGCGCUUAAUUUAAAUAAUAAAGUAUUUCUUCGUAUAACUUGUCACUCGCAGGUUGCCGAACGCCAAAAAUUUUAAAAAUGGCAAGAACUUUCUUUACAGAACAAAAAAUGGCAAGAACUUUCCUUCCAAAACAUAAAACCGCAAUAAUUUUAUUUUCAGAGCCAUCUAAUCACCUCCGAGCACUAUUACCUUCAGCUCAACAACUCUUUUAUUCAAUAUCUACCUACAUAUCAGAUCGAAGCUCUUAUCAUCCUAUCAAUGUUUGUACUAUGCAUAGUAACACCCAGUAAUACAGUGCAUUUUUGGUACCGGUCGAAAAUAAUUUGCGACGGAAAUGUUUGGUCGAAACAGAGGUACUGUAUGAUAUAUUUGGGCUUUGUGGGUUACUGUAUUGUACAGUCUGGCAUACUGUACUCGAAUACGAACCAUGAGAGUGAUACUAGCGUGGAGGACAUACUAAAUAGUACGGGUUUGGCAUACGACAGGACUUAUGUUGCUCGACAUGCUGUUUAUGAGUUGGUAAGUGAUAAGGGUGAUAGGAAUGGUAGUUUGCACAGUGCAGUCAAAUAGUGUUGCACGGUGCAGUCAAAUAAAAGUGCACGGUUCAGUCAAAUAAUGUUGCACGGUGCAGUCAAGUAAUCUUGUACGAUGCUGUCAAAUAAUUUUGCACGGUGCAGUUAAAUAGUGUUGCACUGUGCAGUGAAGUAAAACUGCACGGUGCAGUCAAGUAAAACUACACUGUGCAGUCAAGUAAUCUUGUACGAUGCAGCCGAAAUAAUGUUGCACGGUGCAGUGAAGAAAUUGUUUAUUUCUGCCGUUCUAUAUUGGUAGUGUCAUUAUUUUGGCAAAAAUAUUGACGACAUUAUCCUAAAUUUAAUGGCAUGUUACGUAAAACAUUAAUUUUUUUAAUCGCUUUCAUUAAAAAAAUUGGGUUUUUGAGCUAAAAACAUCAUUUUUAAAUUGAUAAAAGCUUACACUAAAAUGAAUUUGCACAUUGCAAAAAUAUAUUUAUGACUGCACAGUGCAUUUUUAUUUAGACCGCACCGUGCAACUUUUUUUUUAUUACACCGUGCAAACUUAUUUGAUUGUACAGUGCAAGUUUACUUGACUGCACAGAGAAGCUUUAUUUGACUGCACCGUGCAGUUUUAUUUGGUUGCACAGUUCAGUUUUAUUUGACUGCACAGUGCAGUUUUAUUUGACUGCACAGUGCAAGUUUACUUGACUGCACCGUGCAACCUUAUUCUUGUGCACCGUGCAGUUUUGUUUGACUGCACCGUGCAACAAAUAUAAAAAGUUGCAUUUUAUGACAAAACUUUGUUUACAAAGUCAAAACUAAUGUCAAUUUACGUACGAAAACAUCAACAUUAGAAUAACAUAGUGUUUUUAUGAUGUUUAUUAAUGUUGUUGUUGUUUUAAAAAACCGGAAACUUCCUGGAAGGUAAUUUAUUGCUCUGUGCAGAGAUUUUCUUUUGAAUUUUAAAUAAUAAACUUACUCAAAAAAAGAAAAAAAUGCCAUUUCUUAUCAGAGUAUAAUGUCAUUUUUUAAAUUUUCAGUCGAUUUUUUUAAAAUGGCAAAAACUUUCUUUACAAAUAAAAAAAUUGCAAAAACUCUCCUUACAAAGCGUAAAAUGACAAGAACUUUCUUUACAGAAUGAAAAAUGGUAAGAACUUGGCAAGAACUUUCUUUUCAAGACAUAAAAUGGCAAGAACUUUCUUUACAAAACAAAAAAUGGCAAGAACUUUGUUUACAGAACGAAAAGUGAUAAAAACUUGGCAACAACUUUCUUUACAAAGCGUAAAAUCAUAUUCAUCGUAUAAAUUGUCACCCACAGGCUGCCAAACUCCAAUUUCUGUUAAGAUCGUCAAAUAUGGCAAGAGCUUAUUUUUCAGAAUAUGGAAUUGCAAGAACUUUCUUUACAAAAUAAAAAAUGGCAAGAACUUUGUUUACAAAACAAAAAAUGGCAAGAACUUUCUUUACAAAACAAAAAAUGGCAAGAACUUUCUUUACAAAACAAAAAAUGGCAAGAACUUUCUUUACAAGGCCAAAAUGAAACACUUGUCUUUGUUGCACGGUGCAUUCUUUUCAUUCAUUGCACGGUGCAAUGAUCUAUGUCAUUCAACAACCUUAACUAUUAUAACUAUGUGUUUAAAUGUAUUCAACUUUUUCACGUAUAUGAAAAGGCAAUUAUAAUAAUAAAUAAUGAAAAAAAACCGUUUUCCAAGUUUAGCUAUUCAAUCCCACUUAAAUUUAAUUAAAUUCGUUUUGAAAUACGACUGGCAUUUAGAAUUUUAAUAAAAAGGGAAUAAGUAAACAGAAAAUGAAAUAAACUGGCAAGAACUUUCAAAAAAUUGUCAUUUAUCGUAUAACUUGUCACUCGCAGGCUGCAAAGUCAUAUAAAUUAGAUCCUUCUAUUAAAAUGGCACAAGCUUUGUUUACAGUAGGGAGAGCAAGAAUUUUCUUUCCAAAACGAAAAAUGGCAAGAACUUUCUUUAGAAAUCAAAAAAUGGCAAGAACUUUCUUUACAAACUACAAAAUGGCAAGAAUUUUCUUUACAAAACAUAAAAUAGCAAGAACUUUCUUUACAGAACAAAAAAUGGCAAGGACUUUCUUUCCAAAGCCAUUUUAAACAUUUUACUUUUCAGAAAUCGCCAAGGUUCAUAUUUGGUGCACUGUGCAAUCAACUGUCACAGACUAUUCAAUAUGGAAUGUUAUUUCACUUUGGUUGGAAAAUCGUCAAAAGGAUGAGGACUAGUACGCAUAUGUCGACCAAAUCUAAGAAAACUCAAGAAUAUGUUGUUAAGGUCAUGAUUUUACAAGUAAGCGGCAGGAACUUUCUUUACAGAAUGAAAACUGGCAAGAACUUUUUUUUACAAAAGAAAAAAAUGGCAAAAACUUUCUUUACAAAACAAAAAAUGGCAAGAACUUUCUUUACGAAACAAAAAAUGGCGUGAACUUUCUUUCCACAACAUAAAAUUACAAGAACUUUCUUUACAAUUUCAUUUUCAGGCCAUGUACCCCCUAAUCUUAAUGGUACUCCCACUAGUUGCCAGUUCAGUUUGCAUUUUUAUGGAAAUGCCAUUUUCAUCCGAAUAUAUUGUAUCCGAGUUCGUUGUACUCAUGCCAAUUCUCAGUAGUCUUACUGUAUUAACACUAAUACCAUCAUAUCGAAUGUGCAUAUGUAAUACGAUUCAUAAGGCUAGUAUCACUGCUAGUGGACAGUCGUUUUAG